CCGUACUGGUCCCCCAACCCAACGCAUCUCAAUCUCCUCCCUACUAAAGUCGUAUCCUAUAACCAUGGCUGGUCAACCAAAAAUCUCCGCUGUCGGUUUCUCCGAAGCAGACCUUGCGGCUGACCACACUCGUGGGCAACUUAGUCUCAUUGGCAGGUUCUUCUCGGUUACCCCACCUGCAAGAGCUAGAAUCCAGCACAUUGUCAACAAUGUAUGGACCACCAGAAACCCAGUCUCCGUUCUUGAUGCUGAUCAGGGACUGUUUCAAUUUGUCUUUGGAAACGAGGCGGAUCUUAAAGAAACUCUAAGGCGCUCUCCUUGGUACAUCAAAUCAAACAUCAUCACAUUGCAAAUGUGGAGGCCGCCAACAGUGUACCUCUACAACCAACUAGCCAGGGUUCUGUUCACAGUCCAGAUCUGGGGAAUGCCACCAUCAUUCCGCACCGUCGCCGUCGGCCAAAAGCUAGCAGAACAGCUAGGACCUGUGAAGGAAACGGCUCUUUACGCAAUCAGACAAGACCCUGGAUACGUUGUCAAAGCCCGGGUCAUGCUGGAUAUUACCGUACCUCUGGUGCCCCGUCUGGAGGCGCAAAAAAUCAGAGAGGAUGGUGUGAUCGAGACGGCAUUCUGGUCUUCGUUACGGUAUGAGCGGCUUCCGGUGUACUGUUUCUACUGUGGAGUAAUGGGCCACAACAUCCAGCUUUGCCGACUCCCCAAGGAAAACAAGGAAGCAGGGUCAGAUUAUCGUUUUGGCCCGGAGCUGAAGGGGGACAUUGGAGGACAUAAGAUUGAUGAGCUUACUCUCCAACCAAUCAGACAUGAUCGCCGACGCCAACAAAGAAACGUCUGGAGGAAUCCUAACUCAAUGCCUCUUCUCCUCCCUGCCCCUCCGGUAGCUGACAAUACGCCGGGAUACAAUGCCAGCGGCCACUCGACUUCUCAAUCGAAGACCGCACCGGCCGGUGCGGGUAACCAAAAAAGGAAGAUAGCUGAGAAUGGGGAACUGUCGGCGGAAAGUGGAAACACAAAAUCCACAUAUAGAGGGUUGGUCGCUGCUGAGAACAGUGGAUCAGCUGCCUUGAAAUCUAAAGCUGAAGCAACAUUGGGCUCCCCAUCCAAGGCCCAUUCACCCCCGAUGGAUGAGGCCUUUCACACUAAAGAGGUUAUGAAAAUCCAAGGAAAUGGGAUUUCUAUCUCAGAAGCUUUGGAUACUGGAAGUGGGCCGAGAAAUCAAUUUGAGGAAGAAGUUGGAGACUCGGCAGGUAGCCAACCCGUGGUUUAUUCAAGGAAGAAACAGACAAAAAUCCACCAUGAUUGCGCUGGUUCCUAUGGGCCCGUUCAUACAAUCCCAGCGGGGACCAAAGGUAAAAAUAAGAUACUUGACGAAGUGCCCAUGCCUAAAAGUUAUAGUCCCCGUAUCAAACCUGCAGUUACCAUCCAGGAGCUGGUCGACGGUCAGAACCUCGACAUGGCAGUGGACUAACGUUUCUAUAUGACUGGAAUUGGCAAGCAGGGGGGAGGUUCCCAAAUAUAAAUUUGCAGAAAUCCUUCCCAAGUAUCAUCGUAUUCAGGUGUUUCUUCGGGUCUUUGCAAGCUAAGAUAUGUGGCUUAUGGGUUGACUAAAGCUAAUGUACGCGUCUUUAAUAGUAGAUUCCUUCACUUUGGAUGGAAUCAUUACGGGUGUUUCGUUAGGAUCUCUUGGUCCAUGUCAAUUUCUCAGUCAUUCCAAUGUAUCAUUUGCAGUUUGUUUACAUUAAUAAGAGGAAUGUUCCACUGGCUUCGGCCAAUGCCCAUAUAUUAUUAUUAUCAGCCAUGAUCACAGCUACUAAAUAGUUCGUUUAAUAGAUGUAGAUAUGUCCUUACAUAUUCUCGUACUCGUAUACAUAUUAUUGUCAAACUGUUUUACUUUACCCUGCUUAUAUGAUGAUUCAUGUGCUAAACACCUAUAAAUCGUGUUUAACACG